CUUCUCAUUACCAAAACUAAAUCACUCCCCCACAUGAAGCCACAAAGACAGCUCCUCUUACCCUUUAUUUUCAUUUCUUUUUUCAUCAUCACCACCACCACUGCCGCCGUCAGAAUCAGCAAUGCCGCCGCUGCACCGCCGCAACAGUUCAGAGAAGCCCCUGAAUUCUACAACUCAGCUGAAUGUGCUUCAAUUGAAAAUACCCACAACUUAAUUUGCUCCGAUGAAGCUGUUCAUGCAGCAAUGACUCUUGAUUCAGCUUAUAUCCGUGGAUCAAUGGCUGCUAUCCUCUCCAUUUUACAACAUUCUUCUUGCCCACAAAACAUAAUUUUUCACUUCGUUGCUUCAGCCUCCGCAGACGCGUCACAUCUACGCUCCACCAUUUUAGCUUCUUUCCCUUACCUCAAAUUCGAAGUUUAUCGAUUUGAUGAUUCCUCUGUUUCUGGUUUGAUUUCAACUUCUAUCCGUUCAGCUCUUGAUUGCCCUUUGAACUAUGCGAGAAGCUACUUAGCUAAUAUUUUACCUUUAUGUGUUCGGAAAGUUGUGUAUUUAGAUUCCGAUUUGGUUUUGGUUGAUGAUAUUGCUAAACUAUCAGAAACCCCACUUGGGGAAAACCAAAUCCUUGCUGCCCCUGAAUACUGCAAUGCGAAUUUCACUUCUUAUUUUACCCCAACUUUCUGGUCUAACCCAUCUCUAUCUCUUACAUUUGCCGAUCGGAAAGCUUGUUAUUUCAACACAGGGGUGAUGGUAAUCGAUCUAGAUCGAUGGAGAAAUGGGGAUUACACAAGAAAGAUCGAAGAAUGGAUGGAAUUACAGAAACGUAUGAGAAUUUACGAAUUGGGUUCAUUGCCGCCGUUUUUACUUGUGUUCGCCGGAAAUAUAGCUCCGGUAGAUCACAGAUGGAAUCAACAUGGACUUGGGGGAGACAAUUUUCGUGGACUCUGUAGAGAUUUACAUCCGGGUCCUGUAAGUUUAUUGCAUUGGAGUGGAAAAGGGAAACCUUGGGCUCGGCUUGAUGCUAAUCGGCCAUGUCCGUUAGAUGCUCUUUGGGCUCCUUAUGAUCUGUUAAAACCUCCAUUUUCAUUCGAUUCUUGAAGAUGGGGAUUCAAAAAGUUUUUGACUUCAGAACAAACAAGUCAGCAAUGGUGGAGAAAAUGAAAUAAAAUCGCUGCAACUGUAAAGAAUUUGGCGAAGAAGAAGAUGAUGAUGAAGAACUGGGUUUAGAAAAAAAUAGAGGAUGAAAGUUUUAAGAUCCAAAUCUUCAAAAUUAAUAGGGAGGAUUAAAAAUUCAUUUUUCUCCUUCUAAUAAAAUUUACAAUAUAUUUCUUGUUUUAUUAAACUUCCCAUUUUACUGGAGACUUUUUUCCUGAAUGAUGUAUGUAUCUUUGAGCUCUAUAUUGUACAGGAGGAGUUAAAAAUUUUCUCUUCUUAGAUUAUACUGCUUCUUAUUUUCAAUUCCAAUUAACAAAUGUUA